AUGAAUCCUAUACCGCAGGAAAAUGAGGUAUCCAACAACUCGCAACCGUUGAAUGGCAACCACACCACACCAGUGUCCAACUCAACAACAUCAACUUCAAUCAACACAUGUACAAAUACGCCCAUCAAUAUUGGACCCAACCUUCAACAGCCUCAACACACAUUUGCGGGCAAUGUUACUCCUCAACAUUUCAUUCUACAUCAUCGUCCAAGCAAUGGAAAAGAAGAAACCUAUCAAACCGUCGUCUUGAUGCAAGAUCCUAAUACGUCUGCAUAUCAUAACCCUCCUACUACCACUACCUAUGUACAUCAAGGCUAUCCAUACCAUAAUUAUGUUCCAACCACCUGUCAUCCAUUCACAACUGUGUAUGACCCUGCCUCAAAUCACCACAUCGUUCGAUAUGAGGCAUAUCAAGCACCUUCUCAUGCUUAUCACUAUUCAACCGUUCCUCCAGCUCUUCCUCAAAAUACUUUUCAUCCACAACAUGUUGUAACAUUAGCACAUCCAUCAGCCUACUCGGUAUCUUCUCAACCUUCUUUUACUCAAACAACGGUUUUAGGAGGUAGCUCCAUCCACCAACACCAUAUUCCCUCUACACCGAACCCACAAAGCGUUGCUUCCCCCCUUAAUAAUUCACAGUCAAAAACCUCUGGAUCAUCUCCAACUAAUAUCAACAAUGCCAUUGUAACAUCACUUCAAAAUAACAACACAUCAUCGCUGAGCAACAGCCCUGAAGAAUAUUCGAGUCCUCUCGAGCUUGCCAAUUCCCCUUCUAGUAGCAGAGACAUGAUAUCCGACCAUGAAACUUUGUCCCCUGUUUCUCCGUUCACACCUACCAAAGAACCUAGCCUUUUGGAACGUAUUCAUUCUGCAUCACCUCCAGAAAGAAAAAGGUCAAACUCGCAGAGUUCUGUAAAUCGGAAAGGCACCAAUAUCAACAAGGUCAAGAAAAAACGAUCGUGUGCUAGAUGGACAGAAGAAGAAAACAAGAAGUUGUUCGAAGCAUAUAUCAAAUAUGAUGGAAAAAACUGGAGUAGCAUUGCAAAGGCAGUGGGAAAUAAGACAAGUGAUCAAUGCAAUCAACAUUGGUGGAGAGUACUGAAUCCAGAAAUCUGCAAACAGCCAUGGUCUCCAGAAGAGGACCAACGUUUGAUUGAUAGGGUCAAAGAAGUAGGAGAAAGUUCAUGGAAAAAGGUUUCUCAAGGACUAAAAGGAAGAACAGAUCUGCAAUGUAGGCACAGGUACAACCAACUGAAAAAGAAUUCCAAUAAGAAGCCUGCAACAGAUCCUCGUGAGGAUUCAAACCAAAACGCUUUAGAAGAUGACAGAAGUGUCACAGAGACAGUAGUCCAGCAAGGAAUGGGUUAUCCAGAGUUUUAUUUUCACACAGCCCCUGUCGUUUCAACUACUCCAGUUCAGUACCAACAUGCUCCUGUUGAAUAUCGUGAAACUGUUGUUGCCGAAGGGGAGGUACCUCCUCAGUUGGUAGUGCACCAAUAUCAAACCCAACCUAUUCAACACCUCCAACAAAUUCAACCUAUCACCCAACCUAUUCAACAUCUUCAACCAAUUCAAACAAUUCAAACAAUUCAACCUCUUCCUGUUCAGUCACUCCAUGCAAUUCCUAUUCAGCCAAUACAUGCUGUUCAUACCGUGCAACCUGUUGUACCUCCAACUCACAAUGUUUACCAUUAUAUACCAGUUUACCAACAACCUGUGAAUCCUCAUCCUCCCACAUUUUAUCAAGAGGUGUCCUCUGUUCCUAAUGAAGCUCAACAAGAAAGUGAAGAAUUUUUCGAACCAAUCCCAGACCAGCCUAAUUUGGACGAAAGUACAUCAGAUCUCGAUGGAGUCUUUAAUACAGAGCAAAGACCAGAAAAGGAUACCAAAGAUUAUGUAGCAGAGAUUUUUGACCAAGAGCAGCGAGAUGCGUUUGAUUGA